AUGGCACGUCAGAAUUUUUUGGGACUUGUGGUUUCCCAAGGUCGUAUGCAAAAGACCGUUAAGGUUCGUGUAGAGACCAAAGUGUUUAACAGGAGGAUCAAUAAGGAAUUGUUUAGAAGGAAGGAUUACUUGGUCCACGAUGAGGGCCAGAUUUCUCGUGAAGGUGAUUUGGUGCGUAUUGAAGCCACUAGACCAUUAUCUAAGCGUAAAUUCUUUUCCGUAGCUGAGAUCAUUAAGAACAAAGGUCAACAAUUUGCCCUGUACGAAUCACAAGCCAAGACACAAGUUGCCCAAGAGGAAACUCAAAAGACCCAAGAUUUUCUUCAGAGGAGAUCUGAACGUAAAGAUUCCGGUGGUAGUGUGCUUUUACGUGAUAUUCGUGUAAUCCAAGAUGCCUUAUCAAAGGGAGAGAGUCCACAAGAAUUAGAAGAGAUUAAAGCGCGCUAUGGUGUUCAAAAUUUCACUCCAGAGACCGUUAGACAGCUUUUACAAUUAGAUGUGACGAAAUUCGAAGAUCAAUUGAAGGCGCAAACCUCACGUAUCGAUAGUGUCCAAUUGCGUGUGCAACAAUUGCUGGAUGAUGAAGCUAGCGCUAACCAAUUCUUAAAGAGCCAUGGUGUUGAAGAUCCUGUUGCAUUGAAAAAGAAUAUUAAGAAGAAUAUACUGAGGAAACACGUUCUUCAAGAACUGUAA